CUCACAUCCUGGAUGUGCAGCACAUGAACUGUUCCGGUCGGCUUUCCCAGUCACAGCUACCGCUUCCACCUCGUCUAAGAUCUCUGCUACAUUAUUACUUUCUGUGGUUGUUUUUUGUUUAACUUUUUGUGGACAAAAUGCCUCUAGAGUUUGAGCUGUGCCCCGGCAGGAUGAUCGGAGGAAGUCACCCGUGCUUCAUCAUAGCCGAAAUUGGACAAAACCACCAGGGAGACAUUGAGAUUGCCAAGCAAAUGAUAAAAAUGGCAAAGGACUGUGGUGCUGACUGUGCCAAAUUCCAGAAAAGUGAAUUAGAUUACAAAUUCAACAAGCAGGCCUUGGAGCGCCCCUACAACUCUGCCCACUCCUGGGGAAAAACCUACGGAGACCACAAGCGCCACCUGGAGUUCAGCCAUGAGCAGUACAGGGAGCUGCAGGAAUAUGCCAAGGAAGUAGGGAUCUACUUCACUGCCUCAGGGAUGGACGAGAUGGCAGUGGAGUUUCUCCAUGAGCUCAAUGUGCCUUUCUUUAAAGUGGGCUCUGGAGACACCAACAACUUCCCUUAUCUGGAGAAGACUGCCAAGAAAGGACGUCCCAUGGUGGUGUCCAGCGGGAUGCAGAGCAUGGAGACGAUGCGUCAUGUCUACAAAAUAGUGAAGGCGCACAACCCAAACUUUGCCAUCCUGCAGUGCACCAGCGCCUACCCUCUGGAAGCUGAGGACGUCAACCUCAGAGUGAUAGCGGAAUACCAGAAGGAAUUUCCAGACAUUCCCAUUGGGUAUUCUGGCCAUGAGUCUGGGACCAGCAUUUCAAUUGCAGCUGUAGCUCUGGGGGCAAAGGUCGUGGAGCGCCAUGUAACCUUGGACAAGACGUGGAAAGGAAGUGAUCAUGAGGCCUCGCUGUUGCCCAGUGAGCUUGCAGAGCUGGUUCGUUCAAUCCGACUGGUGGAGAGGGCGCUGGGGAACGGCAUCAAAAAGAUGCUACCCUGUGAGAAGGCGUGCCAUGAUAAGCUAGGAAAAUCCUUGGUGGCCAAGGUGAAGAUCCCCAAAGGAACCACUCUGACUCAGGACAUGUUGACGGUGAAGGUGGCCGAGCCUAAGGGCGUCGCGCCUGAGGACAUCUUCGAGCUGGUUGGUAAGACUGUGACGGAGGACGUGGAGGAGGACGAGAGCAUCUUGCCAGAGGUGGUGGAUCAGUACUGCAAGAAGAAGAAGAAGUAGUGCUGAGGUGGGCAGAGAGCUUUGACAUGGGGAGAAAAGGCACUUAAUUUAAGAGGAAAUGUAAUAGAUUCCUCUGGGGAUAAAUCACAAGGAGCUUAAAGCAACACACACAGGUGUGUGAUGGUAAUUUUGUUGGAUGCUGCUGAGAUUUCUGACACUGAAGUCAUGGACGAUCAGUGAGGAUCAGUUACUAGCUGUUAAUUUGAAUAUAUCACAGCUGGUGUUCAAACAGAUAACUCUUUGCCAAAGCAUUUAUAAUUUUCUAAAAGUCACCUUAACAUUAUACACUAACUUCUUGGCAAAUGGGCCCUUUGAUAAACCCACCUUUAUCUCACAGGAGGCUCAGCAGUAGUUUCAGUGUGAUGCCUUCUAAAGUGGCAUAAAAGCCACUUGUUACUAAACAUACUUUGCACUAUGGUUUUAACCUGUGCUGUAGAGAUUAAAUUAAUAUUAAACACAUGAAGCUGCUACUAGUCGUCUCGUCACCUAACAGUGACAUCACAGAGCCCGUUUGCCAAACAGUCAUUGUGUUCUUCCUCUACCUGCUCAUUGAUUUAAGUUGGUGGUGUCAGGCAGGGAAUUGUAUACUAGAAGUAGAAGCAAAAAUAAAACUACUGGAGCCUGACACUUUCCAAAAAGAAAAAAGAAGACAUGUGCAUAUAUUAUUUGCAUCAGAACAGGGACACAGCCUUAUGCCCACUCUCCCAGUUUACAUUGUUUUGGUCAUGAACCCACCUCCUCACAUCUUUGCUCUGGCACCAGUGGCGCCCUCUCAUCACGAUUGCAAGAUAAAGGACGUUUACAUACACUUAACAUGUUGACAUCUGUUGUGACUCUGUUGAGAUCUAUGAUGUUCUGAAAAGAUGAAGCAUCCAAAUAAAAUGUUGCCUGAA